UAUAAUUGUUGAAUGAGAUGAGACACAAGUUGUUUGAUAUCUUUGACGAUUAAUGCAAAGUUAACUCGUGGAAUUGUCAAGGUCGUGGGAUUUGUAAUAGGCAAUAGUCUUCUCGUGCUGUUAUUAUUAUUAUUUUUUCUACUUAUUUAUAAUUUAUUUAUGUCUAAAAGUUGGUUGUUACCUAGGUGUAAUUUGAAUGCUGAUACAACUCUGGGAGGUAUAAGUCGAUAACAAACUGAUUAGUGACCAGUUGAAGUUCGAUGCUAGACUUGAAAUUGUCAGUCUUGUUUUGAACACCAAUAAAGCAACAAUUUUUAACACUUGUUUAUUAUUUUAACAAAAUAAUAUACAUUAAUUAAAUUGAAUUUAUAAACAAUAAAAUAAUAAAUAUAUUUAUUUAUUUAUAUAAUUUUGUUUUUAAGAGAAAAAAUAAAUUAAAAUUUUCAUUUAUUCUUUGUCUGCGAAUUUUAAAUAAAUAUUUUUUAUUGAUGCUUUGGCUUGAAUAAAAUAUUCUCGUUAAUUAUUUUGAUGAUAAGACCAAUCGUGUUAUCAGUAAUGUGUAGUAUUUCUUUGUAUUAACAAGACAGACGACUUUUUUUUAUUUUAAAAAUAAAUUUUACUGUUUCAUAUUUGAUAAAUAUAUAUAAAGAAAAAUGUCAGUUGUGGAAAAAAUAGAUAUUGCAAGCAGAAGAAAUGCUGUUCCAAUUAUUUACACAAGAGGAACACAUUAUGAAAUUGGUUUCGAUAUCGGUCGUACAUUCUCAGGUUUGAUAAAUAAUUAUGUGGAAAAUUAUCGACCACUUCAAGAUACAUAUUUGAAAAUGUAUAAUACAAAAGAAGGUAAAAAAAUUUACGAUGAAACAUUGGAUGCGGUUAAAAAACAAUUUCCUCAAUAUUUACGUGAAAUUGAAGGAACUGCUGAUGGUGCUAAUGUUCCAUUCUACAAGUUGUUUUUGAUGCAUCUUGAUGAUAUCAUUCCGAAUGUCGUUGAGGGACGUCAAGCAUCAACAAAACAACCAGUUGGUUGUUCUUCUCUCAUUUGUAAUUAUCCUGGACAGGAAAUAUUAGGACACAAUGAAGAUGCAUUGAGUGAAACAUUAAAUCACUGGUACAUUGUCAAUGCCCAUGUUGUUGAAACUGGAUUACGUGAAGAAAAAUUUUCUUCUCUCAGUUAUGCUGGUUUUCUUCCUGGUUAUACAAUGGGAUUUAACAAUCAUGGUCUUGUUUACAGUAUAAAUACACUAAGUGCUCGAUCUCUUAAAUCAGGAAAAACACCUCGUUAUUUUAUAACAAGAUCAUUAUUGGGUGUUGCUAAUUUUAUGCAAGCACAACAAACACUGAGAAAUGUUGGUUACGGUGCUGCUGAAGGUUUUUCAGUUAACAUGACAUUUUUAGAUCAAGAUGGUGAUAGACUAUUUCACAAUGCUGAAGUUGCACCAGCUGAUGAUGGAACAAAUGAAUCACAGCUAAAUAUAUUAACAGCAAGUCCUGGUGAAAAUCUUGCUCAUUGUAACAAAUAUCUACGAUUAAAAAUUGCUGAAGUUGAUGGUGUUAUUAUACCAAGUAGUGAGCAUAGAAUGGCUGCAAUACAACGUCAUCCAGCACCAAAAACACGAAGUGAAAUAGUUAAUAUAUUAAGUGAUCAAACUGAUAAUGAAUAUCGUGUUUAUCAAGAAUUUGGUCCUGAUGAUUAUGUCAAAACAAUUGCAACUGGUAUAUUUGAUUGUGUUAAACGUACAUGGUCAAUUUAUACUGAUAAACCAAAAUUCAAUGAACCACUUGUUGUCAUUCCAAUUCGCACCGAUUCACAUUAAUAGAAAAAAAAUUAAACUCAUUAAUAAUUCCAUAGAAUUUAAUUAAAUUUAACUCAUGUAUUAUUUUUUUAAAUGGUGAUGGGUUUCUUUUUAUUUUUUAAAUUUAAAAAAAAAAAAAAUCAUAAACUAAUUAUUAAUCAUUUAAAUUUAUAAUAUAUUUUUAAAUGAAAUUGGAAUUUGUUUUUUAGAUUAUUAUUAAUUUUAAAUAAUUGUUACUCCAAAAUUGAGUGUACAAUUGAAAAAACUUUUAAAAAAUAAUAAUACACGAAGUAUAUUUUAUAUAUAAAAAAAUAUAUUUAAUUAUUAUAAUUAUACUUAACGUGAUUAUUAGAUUUUUUUUUUUUUAACGACAAAAUGUUGGUACAAUAACUUUUUGACGUUUGUUUGAUUCCAUACCAGAAAAAAAUUCUUUAAUAU